CAAAUUAGGCGUUAAUUAACUUUGCUUGCAUUAUAUAAAAUUAAAAUACAAUUAUUUAAAACAGAAAUAUCCUGUAUAAUUAUCGUUAUCGUGCGUUUGAAGGCAAACAUAUCGUUAUCGUUAUAACCGGCAGAUGAAGAUAACGUUAAAUUGCUGUGAUGAAAUUGUAAUUCUUGGAAAAUCUGGGCAAUAAAUUUGGUUAGCAGACAACAUGGCUAAGCGACAGAUGUGGGAUCACAUGCGUCAGGUCUUCCAGCAGGCUGUGAACGCAGUGCAUCCCGAAAGAAUCUUUGCGGACUACAACAGCUUCGAUCUGCGGCCGCAGGUGAAGGAGGAUCAGCGUGUUUACAUCAAGCUUAAUGGCCAGCAACACGACAUUACCGACAAGACCUGCCAUGUGGUGGGCUUUGGCAAAGCGGUGCUGGGCAUGGCCAACACAGUGCAGCGGGAUCUGGGCCAGUGGUCAGCUGGCGGAGUGCUCAGCGUGCCGGUCAACACGCUCCAGCAGUUCAAGUUGCCCGUCAGCGACAAGCUGACUGUGCACGAAGGUGCACCCAACAAUUUACCCGAUGACACGGCUCUGAAGGCUGCUCAGUCGAUUAAGACGCUAGCCGAGAGUAUGACCGCCAAAGAUGUGCUGUUUGUGUUUAUCUCUGGCGGAGGUUCGGCGUUGUUGCCGCUGCCCCGAGCACCGCUAACGCUGUUGGACAAGCGCAGGAUUGCCGAUGAGCUGAUGAAACGCGGCGCCAGCAUCCAGGAGAUUAACACCGUGCGCAUUGCUUGCUCGGACAUAAAAGGCGGACGUUUGGCGCUGGCGGCACAAAAAGCCAGCUUGUUGGUCACCUUUGUGCUGAGCGACAUCAUCGGUGAUCCGCUCGAGCUGAUUGCCUGUGGUCCCACCAUACAGUCGAAAGACAACAAUCAGUCUGCGGCGGCAAUCCUCAAGAAGUUCCAACUAUGGGAGGAGCUGUCAGUUGCACUGCAGCAAGUCUUCGAAUCUUCCGAGGUGCAACAGCAACAGACAGCCUUUGAUAACAACAAAGUGUUUGUGGUGGGCAGCAAUGUUAUAGCCACCGCAGCAGCUGCUCAGGAAGCCCACAAGCUGGGCUUCGUUCCAAGCGUGUUGAGCUGCGCGGUGCAGGGCGAUGUCAGCAGCGUGGCUGCGGAUUAUCAGCGCUUGUUGCAGAGCAUUCAAGAGUACAAACAACGUUCGAUUAACCCACAGCAGCUACGGGAACGUUUUCCAUUUGCGGAGAAAAGCUUUGAGGAUUUCCUCAAGGCGCUGGAGCAGCAUAUCAACACCAAGACGCCGCUGUUUCUGAUUUGUGGGGGCGAGCCAGUUAUCAAGGUCACUGGUCAGGGUCUUGGAGGACGCAAUCAGCACUUGGCACUGCUCAUGUCCCAGAUGCUGCAUCGCGAUGAAUCGCUUGCUGGAUGCACAUUUCUAAGCGCCGGCACCGAUGGCAUCGAUGGACCCACAGAUGCAGCAGGCGCCAUUGCCGAUAGCUGUGUUAUAGAUGAAUAUUUGGCCAAUCAUACGCUCGAUGAACUGGCCGAAGUGUUGCGCAAUUGUGAUAGCUAUAAUUUCUACAAGCAAUUGGCGGCGGGGGAGCAUCAUCUGAUCACUGGACACACGGGCACCAAUGUGAUGGAUUUGCACUUCCUUGUCGUGCCUUAAUACGAGUACCUUUGACAUGGUUUCGUCACCAUUUGGCUGAUGGGGAUGGUUAAUGAAGUUGCUCUUGAAAAACCCGCAGCAAGCGAUGAAAUAGUUUCAAUUUGUUUAAUAAGUGUUCAGACAGUUUUUACGAUUUUCCUGCUUAAUGUUCCUCUAAAUUUUUACGACUCGUUUCAUUAACAUUUUUAAUAUGCAUUUAAAUGCGAGUAUUCCGUAUUCAUAUUCGUCGUAUUCCGUAUUCGUAUUCCGUAUUCAUUCUCUUCUUAUGCUUCGUGCUUCAAGUGACAAACAUAAAAUGGCAAUUAGCUUUUUCCUCUUCAUAAAACUGAAACAAAAACGAAAAUGAAAACUAAAAAGAAUUCUGCCUUAUGAAAUCAGCAAUCAGUAAAAUAUUUUACAUUUUUUUGUUGUUGUUCCCUCAGCUUCCAGAUGAAUUGUGAUGAUUUUAUGGUUGUGUGAUAAAUCAAAUGAUAUAUCUAUCUAACUAGCUAUCUAUCUAUGCGAUUAUUAUGAAGCAUAAAUAUUUGUCAUACAUUUGUUUUCUUCGUAUUUGUUAUUGUUUUUUUUUUGGUUGUCGUGCUUUGCGUCUCAUAAAAAUGCGCUGCUAAUAAAUCAUCUUAAUUGUUUAAGACCCCAAAGGCAAACAGUAGCAGCAAAAGCAGAAACAACAACAAUGGCCAGCGAUAAUUGCAAUUAAAAAUGUAAAUUUAUUUGUUUAGUUUUAUUUUUAGCAACAACAAUACAACCACAAAUACAACAAAAGAAAAUAUAAUAAAAUUUACUAGAAAAACUAAAA